AUGCCUGUCCGGAUUAUGUGCACCAUCUCCUUUUCUGCCGACGACGAGCCCGACAGAGGAUAUGGUAAAGACGGUUUUGAAGAUCACUACAAGCGGGUGAAGAAUAGUUAUGGUGGCGGGGACUCGCAGGACUACCUGGAUAGGUGUAGUCAAGUGGAUGACUGCAAUGAUGAAGAGGACAACAUCAGCGAGGUGGACGACCUGGCCACUUUCUGCGGCGGUUGCUCGCUCCAUGGCGCCAACCACGUGUUUGUGGAGAACAAGAAGUUUGGUAUUCGCCAGGGUUUGUGGGCAUUGGUCUUCAUCAUGGCCCUGUCCGCUUUCUUGUUCCAGGUAGCUGACAGGAUCAUGUACUAUCUCCAAUAUGAUCGCAUCACCCUGCUGGAUGAAAUGGUGGCCAAUAACAUGACCUUUCCGGCUGUCACCCUAUGUAACUACAACUUUGUUCGGAAGUCUCAGAUGAGCUACAGCGACCUGAUUUUCAUGGGCCCUCUCCUGGGCUUUGAAGAAGGCAUGGCACCGGGGUUUCCGCUCGCCCCGGAGCCGGACCGCCAGCCAGGCUCUCGCUUCAGCCUGGAUGAGUUCUACAACCGCACUCGACACCGCAUGGAGGAAAUGCUGCUGGAGUGCAAUUUCAAAGGCAUAGAGUGUGGCGCUGAGAACUUCAGAGAGAUAUUCACACGCUAUGGGAAGUGCUACACCUUUAAUUCAGGGCAAGAUGGACGACCCCUCAUGGUGACGAUGAAGGGUGGGAUGGGCAAUGGCCUGGAGCUGAUGUUGGAUAUCCAGCAGGAUGAAUACUUGCCUGUAUGGGGAGAGACUGACGAGACAUCGUUUGAAGCGGGGAUCAAAGUUCAGAUCCACACCCAGGACGAGCCGCCUUUCAUAGACCAGCUGGGCUUUGGAGUGGCGCCGGGGUUUCAGACCUUUGUCUCCUGUCAGGAACAACGGCUGACGUACCUGCCUCCACCAUGGGGGGACUGCAAAGCCACGCCGAUGGACUCCGACUUCUUCAGCACUUACAGCAUCACAGCCUGCCGGAUCGACUGUGAAACACGAUACCUGGUGGAGAACUGCAACUGCAGGAUGGUCCACAUGCCUGGAGAUGCCCCAUACUGCACCCCAGAGCAGUACAAGGAGUGUGCAGAUCCUGCCUUGGACUUUCUUGUGGAGAGAGAUAAUGACUACUGUGUGUGCGAGACGCCGUGCAACAUGACGCGCUAUGGUAAAGAGAUGUCCUUUGUAAAGAUACCCAGCAAAGCAUCAGCCAAGUACCUUGCCAAGAAAUUCAACAAGACAGAGCAGUACAUAGCUGAUAACAUUCUGGUUCUGGAUAUCUACUUUGAAGCGCUGAACUACGAAACCAUUGAACAAAAGAAAGCUUACGAAUUGGCAGGCCUUUUGGGUGAUAUCGGAGGUCAGAUGGGUCUUUUCAUCGGAGCCAGCAUCCUAACUAUUCUUGAGCUUUUUGACUAUCUAUAUGAGGUGCUCAAGUACAAACUGUGCCGGUGCGUGAAGAAGAAACACAAAGGCCGCAACAACAACGACCGGGGAGCUGUGCUGAGCCUGGAUGAUGUGAAACGCCAUGCUCCUUGCGAGAACCUGCGUACACCAUCAACAUAUCCUGGCAACAUGCUACCUCAUCACCCGGGACAGGCCAACUUUGAAGACUUCACUUGCUGAGCAGAGCCCGGGUGAAGCAUCAAAGUGCGCGUUAUGCAACCAAAGCCAACCAUACAACAAGAACUAUCCAACACGGGGAGUGUGAGGAACUGAUUCGAAGUCUACCAGAGGCACUUUUUACAUACAGUAGAAAAGGAGUAAAGCAGACAAAUCAAAAACGGUGAAAGAAAUUUCACCCGAGGCCAAGUGGAGAGGAUAUCCCAAAAUCUAAAAUCUGUGUUCAUUUUUUGUUUUUCCGGAGAACAUGUCAUGCAGCACUCGAAACUCUUCUGUCUCUGUGUUCUCCUCUGGAAUACUGCCACAAAGGAUGGUCAUAGAGAAGGCUUGCCAACACGGACCUCUCUUUCAAAAGACAAACAAAUGUCAAAAUAAACAAGGGAAACAUGUACAGUUAUCUCACCAUAGAUCAGAGAGAGCCCCCAUGCCUUUAUAUAACACAGCAACACACGACAGUUUCAUUACUGGCCUGCUAGUGGGACAAAUAUUCAUACUGCUUACUCCACUGUACAUGUAGCAACAUCUGUAACUGUUGCAACGCUCCAUAACACAGCCAGACUCUGUGUAGUUUGUAAGAGAAUGUAUCUACGUUUGCAAUGAGUGUAGUCUGGUAUGCAGGGAAGUUUUCGGAGGGGGGGGGGGGGGGGGGGGGUUGUGGUGGCAGUUGUAGUGGUAGAGGUGCAUCAUCUGCCAUUUGAAAUGUACUGGUGAUGAUUUCAGGUCUCAUCAUGUAAAUGCAUGCUUGUAUUUGUCCAGUGCAUGUUUUUCAUUUCAUUUAUAAUUUGGAUUUUUUUAUAUAUAUAUAUAUAUAUAUAUAUAUAUAUAUAGGUACCAAUUACCAACUUUGCCUCAAUGAUAUACAGAAAAUGGAAGAUGAUACAUCCCAUAUAUUUCUGUUUAUGUGUGCAGCCAUACAGUUUGUGGUGUGUGUGUGUGUGUGUGUGUGUGUGUGUGGGUAAUGGGUAUCAACAUCAGUACCCAAGCUGGUACAGCAUGUGUUUGUUGAUUGUGCAAAUGGAUGAGCUGUACCUAAUUUCAUUUCUCAUCUGUUAGUUGUUGUUUUUUUCACUUUCACACGUGCCCGAUGAGUCGAGGAGUCUUCAUUCAACUUCAUUUCCUCUUAUCUCGACUGCAGGAUGAGGUUAGGUGAUUUUUUUUCCUUCCCAGGAGAGUUGAUUGCUGAAACCCUUGGAGUUUUGUGGGGCUGGUAAAUUUUUUUCUGUAUCUGUGUUCUAGUUGCAAAAGUCAAAGCACAAUACCGCCAGUAUGUAGAGGUGAUGUAAAAGACGACGUACUAUUCUUCUUGAUAUAUUGUCAUAUUAAUGAUAUCGUGUUGAUCCGACUGUUUUUCAGUUGUUGUUUUUUUCUUUCAUAUAAAACGAUCGAUAAUGCCUGAUAUCCUGUCUCCAUCUUCCAGGUAGGCUGGUCUAUUUAGUUAUCAAAGCAUAAAUAAAAUGUAAAUAUCAUUUUGGAAAUUGUUAUUCUUCUGAGGUUUUUUUCUUAUCAGUGAGUUUCCUCUCCGACGCCUUUAUUUGUCUGCGUGGUUGAAUACGUAAACAGGCAAACCAAUGUAUUUUUCAACUCCAGAUACUGUGCAAAUGUUAUUUUUAAUCAUGAGUAGCUCUCAGAAGAUCUGAUUAAGCUUUCUGCACUUCAUCUAAGGCAUUUCUGCUAUCUCUAUUCUCUCUAAUCAACAUGUUAUCUUCUGUUUUGCUUCUUACAACAUUUUCUGUGAAUAAAAUCGGCAGUAAGUGAAGGUUUUGGGGGCAGAAGCCCGGUAUUAAAAAAGAUAUUACUUAUCUACUUCUACCAUUAAUUUGUGUUGCGUUUUAACAGCUGCAAGCCACAACAGAGCUCCAUACUCUUGAAAUGUAAUUACAGUUUCGGGCUGCUGUAUGACAAAAGGACGGAUGAGAAAUAUCCUGCACAGCCAAUACAAGUUUUAUCAAGAUUGUCAGUCGGCCUGCAGCCGCACGUUCUGGACGACUUCUCUCAUAUUCUACUGUACAUCUGGUGCUGCCAACUGCCACAGCAAAGAAGCUUGGUGAUGCAUGACUGUGAAUAUUAGAGCCCAGUUAUACGGCCUGAAACAGGGUCUGCCUUGAAAUCAUGUUUGUUGGUCGGCUGCACAUCAGUCCACUGCUACCAGACAUUAAGGGUUAUUCUAGGAUGAGAAGUUUACUUUUGCCUUAUAAUUUUUUCAUUAUUUCUUUUAACGGGAACCCAAACGUCAACAUUGUUCAUCAAAUGUGAGCAUGCAUUCAUUUUUUAUUAUUCAGAGGAGAGACCGCAGCUGGUUACCACACAUUAAUAUAGUGAGUGUUAAAGCUCCCGGGAACCCACUCCAACAUCUGAUGAAGAUUUCUCCUGUUUUUGAAUGUCUAAAACAUGAUUUUGCCCCCUGAUGGUUUAUUGUUUCCUGUUGUACCUGCCAAGAAGACAAAUUAAUCAAGAAAUAAAAGAGGAUGCUGUUAA